AUGGCUGGCGUUGCGAAAAUUCCCUACACCCAAAACUGGCAGAGUGACCUGAACUCUCGUCUUUCAGACAACUGUAAGCCUUCAAAGAGGAAUCUUAGAACCACUUUCUCCCAUAGAAAUGAAAGUUCACUUCCAUGCUUUCUGUACAAUACAGAAAUAGAGGAGAGUGAGAAAGAACCUAUUUACCCAAGAGACCAUGAUCAUGGUGACCUGGAGGGGGAGGACACUGUGGAGAUGGUGAUAUGGUUGCGGGACAGGACAGGCCUUCACUUGGAACUACAAGGCAAUGGUCACCAGGCAAAAGUCUCAGAACUUUUUCAGAAGAUACAGGAGUCGCGCAACCUGCCAGAAAACGCUCAUACAAUUUUUUCAUUGUGGAUGGUGUCACCCUUAUUAGAAUUUCGACUGAAAGAUGACCAUCAGCCAUUUGAAAUUGCUCAACUCUGGGACAGGUUUUGUUUGGAGUAUGCAGAUAGCUCAAUGGAUGAUAUUGCCAGAGAUGAACCUGUUGUGAUGGUCCAGAGGAAUGUUUUUCUGUCACGGAAGGAUGAGAAACUUCUCUGGGACACAGCACCAGAGGAAGUGAUGUCACUCCUGUACCAUGAGGCUAAAUACAAUAUCAUCAGAGGACGUUAUCUCUUAUCGGACAGUGAUUAUGACAAUUUGGCAGGGAUCCAGGCUCUUUUGGAAAAAGGACCUUUCACUAGAGAUUUAGAAUCUUACAAGGAUGACCUCAAGAACUACUACCCUCAUCAUCUGUGUAAGAACAAGAAGUUACGAGGACGGAAAGCAGUCACAGCUGAGCGCCUUAAAGAAGCUCAUCAGUUGGCAUUUAGCAAUACUGGGGACAUGACGAAACAACAGCUUUGCGGCCAGUAUCUAACCAUCUGUGCAAAAUAUCCUUUCUAUGGAGGUGCAUUCUUUGAUGCUGUCCUUCAGAAGCCAACAGGAAACAUCAGUAGCAUGGUCAAUCGAUCUCUUGCACGAGGGUUCCCUGAAAGGGACGUCACUGUGACGAUCAAUACAGAGGGCAUCUGUGUGAUUGAUGAUCAGGAAAAGGAGGUUUUGCUGACUGUGCCUUAUGAACAAUUGUCCUGGGAUUAUGUGAAUAGACGGGAAGGUAGCAAAAUGCCAACUCUGUAUAUUCAGUUUCUUACGAAGGCAGACGAAUCCACUCGUGUCCUGCAGAUUUAUUCUAAACAGGCUCCCUUUAUGGAUGCACUGGUGGACACCUGUGUAAGGAAGAAACAAGAUGAACAAUCCUAUGACAAAUCAGAAGAUAAAAAUGAGACUUUCUGUUAUGGUAUAUGCAACAAACUUGACCGUUUGUGUCUGAAGAAGUACUCUCUGACUGGUCAGAGUAUGGAUAACUGAACAGACUGGUCAUUAACCAUCAAGGAGGAAGUGCCAGAGCAAAGUUUUUUAAAGGAUGGAUUGAAUUUGGGAAAAGAAUUAAUUAACUUAUAAAACACAUCUCAGAAACAUGACAUUAAAUGGCAAAGUAGUCUAUUUUGUUGUGAAUAUAGACUUACCAGGGACUCAGAAUUUACCAUUGAUAAGCUUAUUGUGUCCUGUACCUCAGUAGGAGGAAUUGGGAAGACAAUGCCUUUAGCAGAAAUGAUUGCUAGUGUUUCUGCAUGAACCUGGAGCUAGGUUUAGUAGGAAGCAUGUUGUCAUGUUUUAUGGAACAGGUUCUUUUUUUCCCUGUCAACAACGAGUUACUGAUGUUAUCAUAAUGAUGUGUUAUUGCAACAUCCCACUGCUAUCACUGAUGUUAUCAUAAUGAUGUGUUAUUGUAACACCCCACUGCUAUCACUGAUGUUAUCAUAAUGAUGUGUUAUUGUAACACCCCACUGCUAUCACUGAUGUUAUCAUAAUGAUGUGUUAUUGCAACAUCCCACUGCUAUCACUGAUGUUCAGUAAUAAAUCCUACACUACAGUGUUGUGACAAGGAGACAGUUAUAAGUUUGAUGUUCAGUAAUAAAUCCUACACUACAGUGUUGUGACAAGGAGACAGUUAUAAGUUUGAUGUUCAGUAAUAAAUCAUACACUUCAGUGUUGUGACAAGGAGACAGUUAUAAGUUUGAUGUUCAGUAAUAAAUCCUACAUUUCAGUGUUGUGACAAGGAGACAGUUAUAAGUUUGAUGUUCAGUAAUAAAUCAUACACUUCAGUGUUGUGACAAGGAGACAGUUAUAAGUUUGAUGUUCAGUAAUAAAUCCUACAUUUCAGUGUUGUGACAAGGAGACAGUUAUAAGUUUGAUGGUUAAAUUAAAUGUCAUACAUAAACCUUUAAACACUUGGUAAUGAAUCCAACAGUUCUUAUUAAAUAAAAUCUGCAGUAACACCAUCUAGGAUUGCAUUUGAUGCUUGAAUGGCAAUAUGUUGCAUACCAUUAUAAGUGUUAAAGAGGCUGCAUUUCAUUGCUUAUAUUUCUUGACCUUCAAAACAGCCAACUUUAAGGAAUUUCCAUGGUGGAGAUUAUGUUUGUUCAAAGGGUCUUAAGAACAAAACUGAUUUUAUCUUAAAUUAAGAUAUUUCAGUUUUUCUUUCUGGUUAAUGAAUUGGAUUUUGUAAUACAAUGUAGUUUAUGUCUUCGGCCAAAAAGCCUCGAGCUCACUCCUAAACAGGUGUGGUUUGCGAGUAUGUUUUAACAAAUACAGUAGGUUUUUGCUGCUCAUGAGAUGUUUCAGAACACUGAACACUUUUGGUUGUAAAACAAUUGUUUGUAAUUGUGCUUGUUAUUGGUUUGUAGUGAUUUGUUGCCAGGUUUAAUGAUGAUAUUGGACAGAGAUAAGAAUACUAACCAUUGUUUGUCAUUUUUAUGAUACAGGUUGUACUGCUGUAGGUAUAUUUACUGUUUGUAAUGAUUGUAGUUUUAUUGCCAGCUUGUGUUUUGUCUUAUGAUAUCAACAUAGUUUUAGCUUCCAUAUAUGUGCCAUUUUACAGUCCAUUUAUAAAUAUAUUGGUAUUUUACAUAAUAUUUAUAGAGAAUAUUAUUAUACAAAUCUUAUAAUUAUAACAUUUAUCCUUUUACUACAUUGGCUCUAUCCUAUGAUUUAAAUGAUCCUUGUAGAUUUCUUCACAUUUGUGCCUUGAAAGUAUUCUUUGUCACAGUACUGUAUUAAAUUGAGAAACAUUUUUGUAUAUAAGGCAAGGUUAGUAAACUUUGGUGUAUAUGAGACCAGGUUAGUAAACUUUGGUGUAUACAAGACAAGGUUAGUAAACUUUGGUGUAUACGAAACCAGGUUAGUAAACUAUGGUGUAUAUGAUACCAGGUUAAUAAAUUUUGGUGUAUACGAAACCAGGUUAAUAAACAUUUUUGUAUAUAAGGCAAGGUUAGUAAACUUUGGUGUAUAUGAGACCUGCUUAGUAAACUUUGGUGUAUACGAGACCAGGUUAGUAAACUUUGGUGUUUACGAGACCAGGUUAGUAAACUUAUCUUACUAAACAUACACAUUGUACAGUAUUUACUUAUAAAUGUAGUAUCAGAGGUAGUAUUUUAUGUUUUUAUUGUUGUGUAACAUUUCUCGUAAGAUCACAACUCAAUGUUUUAAUACCGGUAUUUCACAUUGUGUAUUUGAUUCAUUUAUUCUGAAAUGAAGUCAUUUCCACAUUGUUUUUCCAGUUCUUAACCAUUAUUGCUAUUGCUAUGCCAACAUUCCAAUCUGUUUGCCAAAUUGAUUUCUAUUUUAACAUUGUUUCCAGGAAUGUUGACUGUAUCAGAUAUACAUUGUUUACAACAAGUGCUUUUACAACAUGAUAUGAUACAUCAACUCAUUUAUAGGGGUGACUUUUGAUGACAUCAUCAGCACAUUUAAAGUGACAACAUUAAAUGACACCAUAAGCUCAUUUAUAGGGGUGACUUUUGAUGACAUCAUCAGCACAUUUAAAGUGACAACAUUAAAUGACACCAUAAGCUCAUUUA